GCCCAGGCGGCGACAGCGAAGACAGACGUUAGGACGGCGGCGCAGAACUACGCGGCCGGCCAUCAGGAGGAGGCCGAGGAAGAGGAGGCACAGGAGACCCCGCAACCGGCUGGCGCGAAACACAGACGCCUGACGCUCGGAGGCACCUUCGCCGGGGCGGCCGCCCCGGCAGCCAGUGCCCCGAUGGGGGAGGGAGAGGCCGACGGCGAUGUGAGCACGCUGGGCCGCCUGCAGACCUCCGCGGCGAACGCGCAGAAAUUGGGGCGGAAGUUGGGCGCCCCGCUCAGCAAUAACAUUGUUGCGUGGAAGGGCCGGGCCACGAGCAUGAAGGAGCUCUCCGAGGGCAUGGGCAAAUUGGUCCGCUCGUGUUCGCGCGACGGAGGAACCAACGAGCUAAUGGGCAAGGAGACCUUGGACCAUAUCAAGUCGAAGAUCGAGGCGGAAGGCAUGACGCACAAGGCGUCUGCGAUCAUGGCCGGCGGCCCGCUCCGGAAGGAACCUUUGCGCACGUGGUGGCCGAUGUCGGUCGCCGCGCCGGGCUGGUCGACGCACUGCAAAGACGAGGUGCCCCUCUUGUUGGCCGAGCGCGACUUCACGGAGCUGAUCACCUCCAUCGCACUGGACAAGGACACCCUCAACAAGAUCCGCCGCGACGUGGAAGAGGGCGCCGAGAUGGUCAUGGAGAAGGCCAAGGGCGCCGGCAUCAUGGAGCCGCGCCGCGGCUAG